GCGGAGUCUGUAAGAAUGAGACUGUUUGCUUUAGGGGCUGUGCGUGUUGCAAUGGAGAUCUAUAUGUCUGUAGCAGUGCCUGUCUGUUGUGAAGACUUCUUGUUCAAGUUCCUUGUCAUUGGCAGUGCUGGGACAGGGAAGUCCUGCCUUCUUCAUCAGUUUAUUGAAAAUAAAUUUAAACAAGAUUCAAACCAUACAAUUGGAGUGGAGUUUGGAUCUCGAAUUGUAAAUGUCGGUGGUAAAUCUGUUAAGCUGCAGAUUUGGGAUACAGCAGGACAGGAGAGAUUCAGGUCGGUAACCCGCAGUUACUACAGAGGAGCAGCUGGAGCAUUGUUAGUUUAUGACAUUGCAAGCCGAGAAACUUAUAAUGCUCUUACCAACUGGUUGACAGAUGCCAGGACUUUAGCCAGCCCAAACAUCAUUAUAAUCUUGUGUGGAAACAAAAAAGAUUUGGAUGCUGAUCGAGAGGUGACAUUCCUUGAGGCAUCCCGCUUUGCUCAGGAGAAUGAACUGAUGUUUUUGGAAACUAGUGCACUGACUGGAGAGAAUGUGGAAGAAGCUUUUUUAAAAUGUGCCAGAACGAUACUGAGUAAAAUAGAAUCCGGAGAGCUUGAUCCAGAGAGGAUGUGGUCUGGGAUCCAGUAUGGUGAUGCUUCACCACGACAUGCAAAGCACUCUCAUGGUACCCAACAGCAGAACAGGCAACAGUGCAAUUGCUAAUGCAACCACAAGAAAGGAGUUUCAGUUUUGACAUAGAAGCUUGCUCAUCCUUUUCCAAGUAAUUUAAAGCACUUGUCCUACUUACAGGAUUCAUCUUGUUCCCUGCUCUGUGUUUGGAAGCCCGUGUGACGGCAUCCUUCCUGAUAUGGCUCCUUACGCACUAAAAACAUUGGAGAGAAGUUUCACAUCUUUGUCAGCCACUGUGACCACUCUGUGAAUUUCCUCCAAAUGGAUGAAAAGCCAAAUUAUUCAUCCCAGUGUCAGCCCCCAUUCCAUCCCAAGAAGGAACUGUGGUUAUUAAAAUAAUAUAUAUAUGUAAGCACCAAAACAUUUAAUGUUGUAUAUUAAUCAGGAUUAAAGGAACACAUUAGUCAGUGCACUCCUUAUGCAUGAAGAAUAAGACUGACAUUUGUGCUCCCAAUGCACCCUGUAUAAGAGCUGACAUUUAGUACAUGCCAGCUUUUUUGCUACAUAUACCCAGUUUAUUAAGACCUGUGCCCACACACACAAACAUAUAUACUGAAGUAAAAUAUCUUGUUUUAGUUUUAUCUUGACAAUGCCAUUUUGCCAUGGAUCUUUCAUGGUUCUGCUGUAUUUUACAUUUUGGGUGCUUGGUGUCAGUUAUGCAUAACUUGUGGUCCUCUAGUUGUUGAGAAACAGCAACAGCUUGAAGUUUGUCCUAUGCAUUUCACAAAAGUUGUGGUUUAGCUUUACUCCAGCCUUAAAAUAUACUGUAUUCUAAUGCUAAAAAAUCCUCAUUCUGUGUAAAAUCAUACUGUUACAUUUGUAGAUCUGCAUUCAAGAAAAAAAAAUCUGCUUCUUGCUAAAACUUGAGAAAUGUUAAGUUUUUUUUUUUUUUUUUCUUAUCGCUCCACUUUUUCUUCUGUCUUAAGGAGUGCAAAGGAAAGCCUUCUGAAUUGUCGAAAUUAAAUAUCUGAGGGUUUCAGCAUGCCCUUUUCCAUGAAACCGUAAUAUUUAUGUGAGUUCUAGAACUCCGUAUCUGCUGACAUGAUUACAUAUUGUAAAAUUCCACUGCAAAAUGUUACUGCUACAUCAGAAAGCUUCAUGUUAUGGUCUGCUGGUUCAAUCCAGAUUUCUCUUGUUUUUCCGUAUAUAAUUAUAUCAUUUUCAUUGUGAUAAUUCCUGUUAUUAUUUUAAUGCCUUUAAAUUAAGUGCAAGAUUCUUAGUUUCUUAUGAGAAUUUAACUUAUGUGUAUAGAGAAAAAUUGGCUGGCAUAAUAUCUUGCAAUGUAUAUUACAGGAAAGAGCAUAUAUGCGUGUGUGGGUGCUUGUAUGUAUGCAUGUAUCUCCUCAGAACAUUCCUCACCUGCACCCCUUAGUUAUGCCUGAGAUGGAUGUUACAAGAAAUGAUGCUGUAGUAUAUUUUUGCAUUGUUUAAAUUGGUUGUAUAUUAAAUAAAACUUGACUAAAAUUUGGUUCAUGCCCUUCAGAAAGAGAUGCUGGAGAAAUUUGCAUGCAAUUCUGUAUAUUGAACAUAAUGCUGGUAGCAUUAAAUAAUAUAUUACAAUUUAUUAUUACAGUUUAUAAACAUUUUAAUAGAUUUUUAGCUUACUCUCUUCCUACACUGUACCAACUGUUUAACCUGAUAGUUGCCGCCACUUUUGCCUUUGACCUAUUAGAUAUGUUGUCAGUCUCGUUAGGUCACUUAUUUAUCUGAAGAGAAACUAAAACCCUCAGAAUAUUGUGCAUGCUGCGUUACUAGCCAAUAAGAAGUAUUUAAAGGACAAGGAAAACUAAAAAAAAAACCUAAAAAGCUGCCCAUCACAAAAUACCUAAAAUUUAUGCUUCCACACCACAUACACAGUCAGACAUAGGUGUAUAACAGCUAGUCACUCUGCAUGGCCUGUCCCCAUGUAAUGUGAUGUUGCUUCAGACCACCACUUGGGUGGUUAGAGCUGACAAAGCAUUCAUGACAUGGGCAAAAACGCUCAUCUUUGAGUAUGACUAACUUUUAGAGAAGAUCUUUUAACCCAUUUGUUUAAAGUUUUUAGUUCAGGUGCCUUUUGUGGUUCAACAUUUAUUCUAGGGUCCAGCUUAGUCAUAACAAAGUUACAGAUAUUUGAAAACAUUUCUGUAUCAGACAUUUAGACAUUGUUCUGAAAAUAUCUAUUUCUAUAAAGAAGCUUUUUCCAUCUAAAAACAUCUUGGUAUCAUAAGGUGUCUUAGAAGCCGCAAGGAACUGACCUAUUGCACUUCACUUAUCCGUUCAUAACCCUUACAGACCGACACGUACACAUACGCAUGUGUUUUUCUAAGAAUACUAUAAUGAGAAUUUUGCGUGACAAUCUCCUCUUGUCUUCCUGGGAGGAAGAGGGAGGGGAGGUAAAGGAGAAAAUAGGGCAGGAAGUUUUGGUGAGAAGGUUAACUUUCCGCUGAUUUGUCUGCAUCUUCCAGAAAAAGAUUGUUUUGGAAAGCAGAGAUAUUCAGACUGUUAAAGGCAUGAUGUUUAAAGGGUUGUAUGAGCUGCUUCUCAAGUCACAAAUGUAGCUGUGGCAGAUCAAAGGUUGCUGUCUGUUAAACUAAAAUAAUUUCUGUAAAUCUGCUAAAUGUUGAGACAGAGAUUUUUUUAUGUCUCAAUCUAAAAUCGUCUGUGCUCAUUUUGUCAUUGUGCUUGUGAUCUGUACUUCUGUGUGCUAUAUAUUUGGCUAUUAGGUCUGCUGCUUUUGCUUCUGCAUGUCUGCCUCAUUGCUAUCAUCUAUAUCUCAUAAUACAUAAUGACUUUUUCUGUACUGUUUAUAUCAGCUGCCUAAUAAACCACUGCUUUAUUUCUA